GAUCUAGGUGUGAACAGCUUAGAGCAACUCUGCAUCAACUUUGCCAAUGAGCAUCUCCAGCAUUUUUUCAGCCAAACUGUCAUUGCCCAGGAAGAGGAGGAAUAUAGCCAAGAGCAGUUAGUUUGGAUUCCUGUUUCCAAGACAUACAGUGACUCAUGCCUAGAUUUCAUUGCUGCAAAACCCCACGGCAUCUUGUCUAUCUUGGAUGACCAGACUUCACUGACUCAGGCCACUGACCACACUUUCCUCCAGAAGUGUCAUUACCAUAAUGGUAACAGUCCAUGGUACACCAAGCCCAAGUUGCCUUUGCCAGUCUUCACUGUGAAGCACUAUGCAGGCCCUGUCACCUACCAGGUCCACAAGUUUCUUAGUAAAAACCGUGACCAGCUACGUCCAGAGGUGCUGGAUAUCUUCUCUCAGAGCCGCCUCAAGGUGGUGUCUCACAUUUUCCAGAAGGCUAAAGCUGCUUAUAGUCAGCAAAGGGAGCUGGGGGCCAGAGGCAAAGAGCUCAAGCCUCAGACCUCUACACUGGUGUCCAAAUUCCAGCAAUCUUUGCAGGACCUCACAGGCAAGCUGAGAAGGAGCAAUACCUUCUUCAUUCGGUGCAUCACCCCUAAUCCCAAAAAGCUGUCAAAUAUCUUUGAUGUGGGGUAUGUCAGUUGUCAGCUGCGGCAUUCUGGGAUACUGGAGGCUAUCCACAUUAGAAAGGAGGGAUACCCAGUCCGUCUUCCAUUCCAGAACUUCUUAGCCAGGUAUGGCCUCCUGGCUGGGCAAAGGCACAACUGCUUGGAGGAGAGAGAAGGCUGUGCGGCUGUGCUGUCUCAUGUGGUGGGAAACCCCUCAGAUCUCUAUCAGAUUGGAAAAACAAAGGUUUUUCUGAAGGAGAAGGCCAGGCAGCUUCUGGAGAGACGAUGGAAACAGAGGCAGAGUUGGGCUGUUGUUACUCUGCAAAGGAAAUUCCGCUACCUCCUUCACCGCAGGCGCCUCCGUGUCCUCCAGGAGAAAGUCACAAUCAUUCAGGCUCAUUUCCGAGGUUACCAGGCAAGCUGCCUCAGGCUGCUGAAGUCCUUGGCCUUUUGGAAAUCAGCUGGGCCCAUAGUUGGGCAGGAUUCAGAAGAAAAGAAACGAAGAAGGAAAUCCCUGGACAGUGUUGACACAGAAAACAGUCCCAACCAAGGAAUGGAUGUGGGACUGCUAGAGAUCCCUGCAGAGCUUGCUGCCCUCCUGCAGUUAGCUGAACGUCAGCACAGAGCACAGGCCCACCAGAUAACUGAGGCAUUGCCUCCAGAAGUCAAGGUCAAAGAUGAUCUUUCCCUCCCACCCACCAUCAACAGCUAUCCUUUCUCCUCCUUCAUUAAGUCAAACUUCCAGAAGACAGAUUUCCCUGCCCCUGGUCAGCCUCUGCAGCAACCCUUAACCCGUCUGGAUGCUGAAAACCAGGAGAGUGCCCUUGAGAUCAACAAACUGAUUUUGCGGUUCAUUGGUGACCAGAAUCUCCAUGGCUGGCAGGAGAUACUUCUGGGCAACUACAUCGCUGGGAGAGGUUUGAAUAACGUGGCUCUGCGCAAUGAAAUCUUCAGUCAGGUGGUUGCCCAGACAUGGAAAAACCCAGACAUGGAGCACAGCCAACGAGCUUGGGUCCUGAUGGCUACUUUGUUGAGCUGCUUUGCCCCUUCACCAGCACUGGAGAAGCCAUUGCUGAAAUUUGUGUCGGAUCACGGCAUGGAGGGCUACAAUGCUGUUUGCCAGCGCAAGAUCUUGACAGCAGCACAGCACACAGAGAUAGACUCCACAUUCUCUCGGGCCUACCCUCCCACUCAGCUGGAGUGGACUGCAAACCAGAGAAGAGGGAAGAUGGUGCUGGAUAUUCAUACCUUUAGUGAGGAAAAGUUCUCAGCUGAGGUGGAGUCCUGGAUGACUGGGGAGCAGUACGCAGGCUGGCUCCUGAGUACAAGGGGCUGUGAUAAGAAGCCUCGAGGAUGGUCUGUCUCCAUGUUUACUGGCAACACAUGGCAGGACCUGCUGGGCUGUGACUUUGUGCUGGACCUCAUUGGAGAGAUGGAGGAGGCUAGCAACCUCAGCAGCCCCUCUCAGUCCCCAGCUGGGUACCCCAUCACUCCUGAAGGGGACAGAAGCUUCCUCCAGUACUCUGACCUGGAUUCGAUCCCUCCUGCUCCAGGCAUCCAGGCCCCUACCUUCCCACCACCUAGCCUGCCUCCAGAAUUCAGCAGUCUCCACCCAGAUUCAAGGUUCAGAGAUGACCUGAGGACCCCUGUAGGCUUGGAUCACUAUGUGGAUGAUCUCUUCAGCACUGUGCUACAUCAAGGCUCCAGAGUACCAGAUAUGGAGAACAGGGAAAGUCUGUCUGGACGCAUGAAAGGAGGUGGGAAGAUUGGACCCACACAGAGAGGAAUCUUUCCUUCUACAGGCUUCUCUGGAAUGACUCAAGCACCACUUUACCAGCCCAUGAUGGGGAUGUCAGCAGCUGGUGGGAUUGCACCUAUGCCAGGCAUGGUUAUGCCCCAGGCUGUGGUUCCAGCUGUAGACCCCAAUCAGUUAGCAGCACAACAGCAAGCUUUUAUCAACCAGCAAGCCAUGCUGAUGGCCCAGCAGAUGACCCUUCAAGCCAUGACCAUUUCCCAGCAACAGCAGCAGCAGCAACAGCAGCGGUGGCAACAGUCUCUUCAGAACUCAAAGCCAAGAGUCUCAAGUCCACCCCAGGCCCGAGACCCAGCUCCAGCCCCUGUCCCAGUCCCAGCCAUUUCCCCAAAACCCAAGAAGCCUCCCAGCAGACCGAAUGCUGCACCACCAGUAAAGGCUCCAGAACCACCAGCUAAGGCAGAAGAACCGGUUUAUGACUACAGGGAAGACCAGUUCUCCAACAGUGACAAUGAUGACUAUCCUCGGGAAACUUUCCAGCAGAAGAGAGAAUAUUUUCAGAAGAUGGGAGAGCAACACAUCCGAGUGAAGAAAGUCAGGCCUCCUUCCAAAACCUGGACCCCUCCAGCAAAUCCCCAGCCAAAGAAGGAGGAGGAGAAAGAAGAAGAGAGGGAGAAGAGGAAAGAGGAGAGGGAGAAGAGGAAAGAACUGUCAUCCCCAAUAGCUCCUGCUUCCCCUUUGCCACCUCCUGAGACAAAGCCAAAGAAGCAGACACCAAAAGCGAAGAAGGAGCCACCUGUAGUGAAGCCUUUGGGCCCUGAGUCGCGGCCUGAGCCCAGCCGGGAGAUCCGCAACAUCAUCAAAAUGUACCAGAGCAGGCCAGCCCCCGAGCCCCAGCCUAUUGAGCCUGUCAGAGUGUCCAAGCCAUUUAUAAAGAGGAAUGACCCUAAAAAUGAAGCUCUGGCCAAGCUGGGAAUGAUGAACCUCCCAUCUCCCAAAGCACCAUCCUCCCUGUCAUCCUCCCAAGAGAAGAGAACACCUCCACCUCCCAAGCCCAAGCCAGGCUCCGCUUCUAGCUCUAUCAAGGAGAAGCAGUUGCCUCUCCUGUCCAUCUUCAGACGGGAGAGUACCCCACCAGGUUCCCAGGCCCCUACUGCUCCCCCUUCUCCCCCACCAUUGCCUUCACCUCUCCUGCCUGGGAAGGAAGACUGGCAGGAAUACACAAGGAAGGACUCUGCUGUAACAGUAGAAGAUGAUGGUAUCAAGACCCAGCUGUAUAAGCUCACUGCCAGCGUCAGCUUUUCCUAUGUCAGCCCUGCCUGGAAAAUCUUUUUGCGCAAAGAGGUGUUCUACCCCAAAGAAAAUUUCAGUCACCCUUAUUGUCUGAACUUGCUGUGUGAACAGAUCAUGCGUGACACCUUCUCUGAUUCCUGCCUUCGGAUCUCCAGGGAGGAGAGGCGCAAGAUGAAAGACUUGCUGAUGGAGUUCCAAGUUGGCAAUGAUGUCCAGUCCAUUCAGGAGGAUGGGAUAAAGAAGAGGAUUGUACUGGCUGCUCGGGAUAACUGGGCUAACUAUUUCUCCCGCCUUUUCCCAGUUCAUGGUGAAAAUGGAAGUGAUGUCCAGAUCCUGGGUGUUUCUCACCGGGGCAUGCGGCUGCUGAAGGUGGUGAAAGCAGCAGGAUAUAAUCCUGAGCACCUGAAGAUUCUUCGCAGCUACAGCUUUGCAGAUGUGCUGUCAGUGGAACUGAAGGGCAGCAAUGCCCUGGAGUUCUCUCUGAAGACAGAGCAGCUCUUCCUGCACUCCCCAAAGGCUCCGUGGAUCAAGGCCAUGGUGGAACUCUUCAUCCAGGAGCUGAGGCAGGAUACCAACUACGUUGUUGCUCUGCGCAGCUACAUCACAGAUGACAAGAGUCUUCUUAGCUUCAAGAAGGGUGACCUCAUCGAGUUACUGCCCAUGCAAGGCGUGGAGCCAGGUUGGCAGUUUGGUUCCACUGGUGGCCGCUGUGGUAUUUUCCCCACCAACCUGGUGCAAUUGGCUGCAGCCCCUGAUUACCUCAGCACCAGCAUGGACAGACGUGGAGAUUUUUUCCCCAGAGAGCAGGAACACCAGCAGGGAGGGUGGGUUUGGUGCCUGUCCCUGCAGAGUUCUGUUCCCAGCCUGACAUCAGAACCCAACAGCACCAUGUUAGUACCUGCUGGUGAUCGUUAUACCAUGAUGGACUUUGCCACAGCCUACUUCCGAGACGCUCAGUCCAUGCAGGGACUGAAGGGGAUGUCUGCUGAAAAGAAGAGUAUAGCUGACCUGGUCCAGCACACCAAGGUCCCAAUCCAGGAGUCUUUGCUCCGGUACUCUGACAGUGAGCUGAAUGAGCUUGCUACAAAGAACUUCAAGACUCUGAUGCGGUUCAUGGGAGAUCAGUCAAAACUCAAGAACCAGAAUCAGGUUGAAUGCAUCUAUGAAAUCCUUCAGCUCUGCAAGGAAAAGGAGAGUUUGCAUGAUGAGAUCUACUGCCAGGUCAUCAAACAGGUCACCCACAACCCUAACCAGGAAAGCGUGCUGCAUGGUUGGUUACUCCUAAACCUGCUAACUGGGUACUUCCUCCCUUCUAACAUCCUGAUGCCCUAUGCCACCAAGUUUCUGCAGCUAGCCAGCAGUGAUACAUCUAGCACCCACCAUGAUAUAGCCAAGACCUGCCAGAGCAACCUGCGGAAAAAUUUCAUGUACGGGGGCCGUCGCCACCUUCCAUUCCCUGUGGAGUUAGAGGCACUGCUGAAGGGGCGUGGUGCCCGCCGGCUAGUGGUGCUGAUGCCUGGGGGUGUGGAAUACCUCACCAGAAUCAAGACAUUCACAGUGGCCAAGGAGCUCUUGCAGGAGAUCUGUGAGCAGAUGGGGGCAGGCGAUCAGGAAGAGAUACAGGAAUUUGUUCUUUUUGCCAUCAGGAGUGACAGCGAUAAUCUUGAUAAAACGGUGAGGCCGAUAAGAUCAGAGGAGUAUCUUCAUGAUUAUCUGCUGGAAGACAAGCUGGUCACUGUGACGUUACGCAGGCUCAUCUGGAGGACACCUCUGCACUUUGAGAACAAAAUUUAUACUGAUGUCCAUUAUGGACAGGUGCUGUGGGAUUACCUGAAUGGGAGGAUCCUGUUAAACCGGAGUAAAGAAAUGGAGAUGCAGGUCGGUGUUUUGGCAAUGCUCCAGCACUGGGCGAAAUCAGAGCAGCAGGACUCUGCUCCCUCCGGGGAAGAGCUGAAGGAGUACACACCAAAGACCCUGCAGUCCUCCAUCAGUCCCCAGGCUCUGCAGAACCAGGUUGGCAUGCUGCUGAGAACCAGGCAGCCCCUCCAGCCAGUGGAUGCAAAAAUCCAGUUCAUAGAGCAUGUGUUGAAACUGCCUUUCUUUGGCUACAACACCUACUUUGUGGAGAGAGUCAGUGAUGACACAAUUCCUGUGCCCUGUUUCUUUGGUGUGAAUAAAGAAGAGAUCAUUGUGGUGGAUGGCACCACCCAGGUGGUCUCCUGCGUCAUUCCAUUGAAGGAGCUGCAGAAGAUGCGAACGCUGCGGCCUGUCUCUGAGGGUGGGCUUCCUGGCAUAGAACUGAACUAUGGCUCUGCUGACAGCCCCAAGACUAUGUGGCUUGAACUGUCACAGGCAAAAGAAAUGUAUCACACGAUUGUUGUCAUCCUGGAUAAAACAGAGUUACACCACUAG